UGUUUGCUAGUGGCCUAAAAAUCUUAAAUAUAAGUAGAAAUUACCUCUCAGUGGCUCUUCAAGCGGACAGAAAUGGGCAGAUAUUGUUCAACCAAUCAAACUUGGAAGUACUAAGAAUCUCAAAUAAUCUUAUUCGGGAACUGCCUUCAUCAAUAUUCAAGAGACUUACCAGACUUCAGGUUCUUGAUUUAAGUUGGAACAUGAUGACCUCUUGGACUGUUGAGAUUAGCCACAUGACGCACCUCCAUACCUUAGACAUAUCGGAAAACAGAUAUGAAGACAUACCAAUACAACUAACAGAUCAAAUUGACCAAAUAAUGAUUCAUAGAAACGACAGUCUUCACCUAAGCAUCAAGGGCAAUAUCUUGAAAUGUGACUGUCCCACACUAGACUCAUUAGAGUGGAUUACCAGGCCAUAUAUUUCCAUAAAAGAACCUGGCAGUACACAAUGCAGAUUAUCAAAUGGGGAAAUUAUUACAUUUUUAGAUAUAGGAGAUGUUGUAGUGAAGCUCCGGCUACAAUGUAAAAUUGUAAUUCCUCUGAUAUCCUCAGCAGUGGUUGGAAUAAUAUUUUCCAUGUUCAUAUUUGGAGCUGGUAUGGUAUACCGAUAUCGAUGGAAGCUGCGCUAUCUAUACUACACCACUAGACGGAAGUACAGAGGCUACCAGAGACUGAGAGAAGGUGAAGACCAUUUUACUUAUGAUGCCUUUGUUUCCUAUGCUGAUGGAGACAGAGGGUUCGUUAUCGAAGACAUGCGAACUGUACUGGAGAGACACUAUGGCUUGAGGUUGUGCAUCCAUCACCGUGAUUUCAUGGUUGGGGAAGCCAUUACUGCCAACAUCAUCAAUGCUAUUCAGUCAAGCAGGAAGACCAUUGCUGUUUUGUCACCGGACUUUGCAAAGAGCGCCUGGUGUGACUAUGAAGUCCACAUGGCUAAGCUGGAGAGCAUCCACACUGGAAGAGACGUCCUGUGUGUGUUGUGGUAUACUGACAUACCCGACACGAGAAUCCUCAGUAGAGAUAUCCUUGACCAGAUCAAUUAUGACACCUAUAUUAAGUAUCCAACAGUUGAAAAUGAUAAAAGGGAGUUUUGGGAGAAGAUCAAAGCUGCAAUUAGCUUCUAAGACUGAUUCAUAUGCCCCUAGAACCCUCAGCAGAAAGGGAUUGCAUUGUACUUAUGUUAAGUGUGAUCAUUGAUGGUGGCAGGAUAUUAUCAGCAAACAUGUAAUCAGUUUCACAGCAAUAGUGUUACAAAUGUGCAUCUUGCGUGAAUUGCAAGUACAGAGCUACUCGCUGAACUUGAAUAUACUUCAUUGAUAUUGGUUUCGAUUGGUGAUCAGAUAUGGGUAAGGCCGUGAGGAUAAAAGUGUGCAUCACACUAAAAUAGGAAAGAGAAAACAUUUAUUAGUGGACACUAGCUGUGUAUAGUUUGAUAUGAAAUGAGAAUGAGUCUGGAAUUGUUUGUAUUACCAUCGCUGAUUGAAUUAUCAGCAAUGUUAGCUCCAAACGUUCUCACAAGGAGAGAAACGUUUGUACGAAUAAAAAGUAUGCAAAAUGUAAA